GGAUUAGAACCCACGUCCUUCUGAUUCCCAGGCCCGGAUUCUUUAUUCUAAGCCUUGCUGCUCUCAAGAAGUUUCUGUAAACACGAGAAAGGGAAGGGGAGAGAAAAUAACUUCUAUUACUUUUUUAGGAGGCUCAAAUAGUGGCCCUUCUUCACUCACCUCUUUUUCUUUCCCCCUCUUUUUAUUUUCCCAUGCUCUCAGUCUUUUUUAAGCCUCACCUGUUCUCUCUCUCUCCUCCUUCCUCCCCUUAUUCCAGUCUGGCCGUCAUCCUAACCCCACUCGCGGCCUACUUUCCCGCUCCAAAGAAUCUGGUAGCUUUAAAGGACCCUGAUCCUACCUCUACCCAACACCUCGUUUCAAGCCUUUUCCGUGGUCAUUACCCUGCCCGAAAGGAAACGUAGAGUCUGGGGCCAGGAGAAUCUGGUAGCUUUAAAGGACCCUGAUCCUACCUCUACCCAACACCUCAUUUCAAGCCUUUUCCGUGGUCAUUACCGUGCCCGAAAGGAAAUGUGGAGUCUGGGGCCAGGAGACCCUCUGCACCUGCCAACAAAUGGACACAACGAUGCUUCCCCUUUCCCUCCUUUUCCCCUUUCCCCUCCCUUCCCUCUCCUCCCUUCCUUCCUUCCCCACCGCUUCCCCCCUGCCUUCCCCCGGGCACCUGCCCCCCUCCCUGCCACAAACCUUGUAAUCAAGAAGCUUCCCAUGUGAUGCUUCUCUCCCCAGGGAGCUAUAGGGACGGGAGAAAGCUGAACUACUACUCUCAUUACACGCCUCCGCUGCACCCAAACUGCACACACUGAAGCAGGGUGGGGGUUUGGGGGGUGCGGGGGAACGGGCACACCUCUCUUUCCCACCAGCCCCAGUUGGAGAACAGCCAGAUCAUCGUGGCCCUACAGCUCUGGAGAGAAAGUGCUUGGGAUCCCAGACUGGGGAAGUUUAGAUUCCAGGUUUUUUCAGCCGUCCACCAUGAACGAGAAGAAGCAAACGCGGUCGAGUUCGGCUUUGGGGAGGUUAGAGGUGUGCGACGUGAAGAGCAUCCCCAAUGUAGGAACAGCCCCAGAAGCGCUUCGGGCUCAAAGUUGCCCAGCGGGAUCGCGAUCUCAGCCAACGGAAGAGUGGAAUCCUGCCCACCCUGAAUGGCUCUCGCAGGAAUUCCCGAGAGGGCCAAGGAGUCCAAGUCAUUCAGUCAUUCAAUCAAUCAAUGGCAGGGCCCCCGAAAUAACCCCGAGGCCAAACGUGGAUCCAGCCAGGAGCCUUCAAAGAGGGAAGAUCGAGGAGCAAAUAACCCUCGGAGACCUGCAGAAACUAAACGCGGCCUUUCAGGAGUUUGAAAAGAGGGGUAUCAGGAGGCUGGAUAUGAAAACGUUUAAAUGUGUAAUGAGGGAGAGUGUCAGGACACAAAACCAAAGUGAAGGACAGAUAGAAGAAUUUUUCAUGAAAAUAGAUUAUACUGCAGCUGGCAAAAUCGGAUGGGACAACCUCUGUACCUAUCUGCUGCUGGCGUGGGCAGACCAGGACAGCUCCGUAGAGCGUUGGAAGGAGGUGCCCUUGUCUCUGCCUGCCCUGACGUUGGGGUGGUCUCACAGAGAGCCAAUCCUGCGUGUCUCUUCUCUCGCCGAUGACACCCUGAUCAUGGUCAGAGAGGAUGGAGCCUUCUACUCCUGGUCUCCGCAGCUGAAACUGAGGAGGAGGAAGUUACUGUUUGAGAAACCCGUCAACCGGAAGCCUAAAUGGGUGACUGAUUUCAGUAUCAUGCAGCAGUACAACAAGCUAAUCAUAGGGACCGGGGAUCGGGAAAUCCAACUGUUUGAGCUCUCCAGCUUGGAGCCUUACUGUCAGAUCCGGAGCCUGGAGAGCGUUCCUCUCAAGCUGGACUAUUGUUACACCGGCCCAGACGAGUGCCUGAUUCUGAACGGCGACGACCAGGGUUGCGUGAACAUUUUGGUUUUGGCCUCCACCGGUGAACUUCUAAGAACUUGGAAGAAACUGCCCAAAGUCGAAAACAUGCCUAGCAUUAGCCUCGGCAGAGCUGCUCGUUCCCCCAGCGUAACCUACAUCCGUUGGAAAGUGCAUGGAGAUUGGGUAACUCAGCUGAACUACUACGAGUCCAUGAACGCUGUCAUUUCCGCCUCCAACCACGAGCCCACCGCUCUAGUAAUAGGGUGCACCGUGGGGGCUACAAAUGUGGAGCAGCAGAUGAAAGAAAUACGGGAUUUUCGGAAAGAUGCGAAAGCGAGAAGAGCGCCGGCCGGCCUCAGAGUUGUUCCCCAAAGGCGGGCUCAGGGAGACCAAACCGUCUUCCAGAUCCGCAAAGGCGUGAAAGCGUUUUCAUUCUGUAAGAGAAACAACGUACUCCUGACUGGGGGAAUGGAUCGAAUCAUUCGUAUUUGGAACCCUUACUUGCCAGGGAAACCAACAGGUAUACUGAAAAGCCAUGCAGCUCCAAUUUUCUUCCUCCACAUUUCCACAGAGGAUAAGAAAAUAUUUUCAGUAUCCACCGACACCACCGUCAAGAUCUGGGAUCUGGAAGACCACAGCUGCUUGUUCACCGCCUGCUCCAAAACCAGCGGCGUCACAGGAGAGCUAGCGGCCUGCCACUACCUCCCUGGCAUCCGAGCCCUCUGCGUGGCCACUGACGCUUUGGCCCUCCUCCCUCUCAGGUUCAGUCCGCCACCUCCUCCUUCUCCUCCCCCGGAGCCUCGAGGGGAGGUUUCUCACACAGAGCCAGUUGCCUGCUGCAAGUACAACAAGGCCUUUCGGCACGUGGUAACCUGCUCGGAGGGAUCUGUGGUCAAAGUUUGGGAUCUUGAAACUGGCAAGUUGUUAUCUGAGUUUAACAGGGCUCACGGAGACGCCGAGAUCACCUGCUUGGCGUUUGAUUGGAGCGGAAGGCGGCUGGUGACUGGCGGGAGAGAUGGCUGUUUGAAGAUCUGGAACUACAACAAUGGCCACUGCCUGCACACUCUGAAACAGGGAGGCCCAGGAGACGAAGUCUGCGAUUGUACUUAUGUGGAGGUCAAUCAAAACCGGUACAUUAUAGCUGUUGGCUGGGACAGAAGAAUCAACAUGUAUUUUGAUUCUCCGGAGGACGUAUACCACUUCCGGACCCCUCAGCCUCCCUGGCCGGACGAUCUGACCCGGGGCCAUAAAGAGGAUAUUUUAUGUGUGGCUCAUUGCCCACCUACUCUCCUGGCCACUUCCAGCUACGAUGGGGAAAUCAUCGUUUGGAAUGUGGUUUCUGGCCACAUGUGCCACAGACUGAACUCACCCACUCCCUGGGCAGGAGGUGGAGAAGACAGAAGCAUCUCUCAAGUCAUAUUCCUGAAGGCGCGGGCAGCGAAAUCGGACCCGGCGGCGGCCUCCCUCGUCUCCAAUGGCCCCCGAGGUGCUGUCAGCUUCUGGAGUCCCUGCUGUGGAGUAAGGCCCUUAGCAAGCUUUGUACCUUCCAAAGAGGGAUGCCAGGUGAACGGACUGGCAGCCAGCGCGGAUGCAGCCCUCCUGUUCUCCGCGGACCACGCCGGGCUGGUGCACGUUCACGGCAUCCGGCACUACGCCCUGUGGGGGCCGACGCAGAAGCCCCCCAAACUGGUCCAGUCCUGGCAAGCCCACGUCGGCCCGGUGACAGCUUUAGAGCUGAUAGAGGACGAGAAGGCCCUCUUGACGUCUUCCGCUGACUGUACAGUCCGUUUCUGGAGCCUGGGGGGAGAAUGCAUAGGGACUUUUGGGCAGACGGCGCCGUGGGACCUGUCCACCCGGGCCUCUUGGACUCACCCCCGGGAGCUCCUGAUGGCCCCCGCCGGCCUGCCAACCCUCUCGCCGCUGGGAGAGGCGGGGGCGGCCCUGCCCACCUUGCCCACCCUGCCUCCGGCCCAGGACGGAGUCUCCCCGGACCCUUCCGUCCCCGAGUCUGAGAGGGUCUGCGACCCCACCUUCCCUGAAGAGCCCCUCACUGAUGCUGAAUCCGGAAGAGACAACAGUCACAAGGUGCGGGGGCGAAGGUGGCAACACGCAAGGGCCCUGAAUUCUACCAGCCAUCUUUGUCCCCGGGAAGCCCAGACUUACCGCCCCCUCCAGUGCCAUGAGGUUGCCCCGGUGCCAGGCCUGGGGCAAAGGCCAGACCUGUCUGUCAUUGGCGCGGAUUGUUUUUCCGACUAUCUCCAAGGGAGAAAGGAGCAGAGGGCAGCCCCACAGGGCCGAGCGGAUGGCCUCUCGCUACUAGGUUCGGGUCGGAAGCUGUGAACUGCGCCUCUUUAUCUUGGGUGAGAUUUCUUCCCUGGAGGUUCCACAGCUGUAGCUUUCCCUCAAUCCGACCAAGGCACAAAGACAAGACCCCAAUUCCCCCCCAUCUUGGGCCGGACUCUCUUACUAAACGGCGGCAGCGGUAGGGCCCUGGAUUCCUCUCGCCACCUGGCUUGGGGGCCACACGUCUGUUUUCUUCCUGUCAAACAGAUAAAAAGCGCCUCUCCCUUCUCUGGGAUUGAGCUGGGAGUAGAGCUUUGCAAAUAAAGCGGCUAUGAAAAGGCACAGGCGUGACCCUAUCGUUAUCUCUUGGAU